AUGUCUAAACGUGGAAACCAGACUGAACCCGAGACCUCUACUGCAAUAUUACCUUCCCAAGCUCGUCCUUCCACAGCUGACACAUCAGUCAAGCCAGAAACCUCGUCGCCGACAGGACCACGAAACAAAAGACGCGCAUCAGGAUCCUUACCGACGCCUCUCCCAAUGUCCGCACCAUCCAGCUCUUCGGGGGCUCCCCCACCUCCUGGUGAACCUAGCAUGACCGAUUCCCCAAUGCAGCCUCCGGCAAAGAAGAGUCGAACAAAUACUCCCUGGACACCUGCUGAAGAGCAGAGGUUGAAGACCAUGCGGGAUGCGGGCAGUACCUGGGCAGAGAUCGCAAAGACUUUUCCAAGCAGAACCGAAGGAUCCGUCAAGAAGCACUGGUACAAGGAUAUGCAUUAUGCAGAAUUCGCGGAAGAUGAAAGUGUAGCUCUUCUCAACGCGAUCAAAGAAUACGAAAACAAUAAGUGGAAGGAAAUUGGCAAGAAGGUUGGAAAGCCUGCAAAAGCAUGUGAGCAAUAUGCUAAAGAGCAUUUCAACAAAACAUAG